GCUUUGUUUGUUUACAUUUAUAGUUUUUGUAGAAUUUUUCCUGUCAUAAAAGUUUUCUCUAAUUCAUUAUUGUUUUAGUCAAUAUUUUGAUACAUUCAACAGUAUAACAUGAAUGAUAGAGUCACCGAAAAUUCUUCUUCGGUGAUAUGUGAUUCCCAAAAUAAAAUUGAGGAAGAUAUUCUGAUAAAAAUAAUAGAGUUGAAAGAAGAGAUACCGAAAUCAAGUAAAGCGAAAUGUUGGGAAAUUGUUUCAAAAGAAUUUAACAUUACGAUUGAAGAAUGUAAAAAGAUUUACACAAAUGCAAUAUCGAGAUAUAAGAUAUCAGAAUUUAAAGAUGAUUCCGAAAUCGGGAAAUUAUUAACUCAACAUGGUGAAGAACUUUAUUACGAUUACUGUAUGGAUAAUUUUAGUAAUUUAUGUCGAUUUUGCUGCCGAGUUAACACUUCUUCACUUGAGUUCCUUCAAAUUUAUGACGAUUCCUCUGAUGAUCAAUUAUUAGAAACUAAUCAAUUUAUUGAUCAAAUUCAUCAUGUCUUUCAUGAAAAUAUUUUAGAGAAGGUUGACCUUAAAAUGAGUAAUUUAAUAUGCUAUUCAUGUAAAACUAACAUCCAAGAGCUUAGUUCUUUUUUGAAACGUUCUGAAUUUAAUGCUGAGAUUUUAUCAAAAGUACAAACUGAACUAGAAAGUUUUCGUUAUGAUUUAGAGUCACACAAAUCAAAUGAUCAUGAAAUUAAAGAAUCUGACAAUUUGGAAGAAGAAAAUGAUCAAACCCUUCAAAGUCUUGAACGAAGUAUAAAUGAAGAUGAUGACAUUGAAGAAGUUGAAGAAAUGACUGAUGAAGAGCAAGAUGUAGAAGAAGAAAUUUCUUCAAAGUCUUCGAAAAGAUUUAAAGUAUUAGGAAGGUUGGAUAAAGUGAGAAAAUCUUACAGAGGAAAAAACUCUCAAUGUCAAGUGUGUGGAAAGCUCGUAAAAGGAAUUCAAAUUCAUAUGUUGACACAUACAGGAGAGAAACGACACAAAUGUAGUUACUGCAGUAAAAGUUUCACGCAAUCUGGUCAACUAAAGCGUCAUGUUAAUUCGCAUUUAAAUAUUCGUAACUAUAAAUGUCCCGAGCCAGGUUGUGAACGAACAUUUGUUGAUCCAUCUUCAGUAACAAAACAUUUAGUUGUUCAUAAUAAAGAAGACAGAAAAUAUCAAUGUAGUUUAUGUGGAGCCAGAUUCAAUCGACUUGGAGCUUUGCGUUAUCAUGAGAAGACUCACCGACAAGAGAGAAAUCAUUCGUGUGAUAUUUGUGAGAAGACUUUCUUGGCAAAAUAUGAUUUAACAAAACAUUAUCGGACACAUACAGGAGAGAAGCCAUACUCGUGUAAAUACUGCGAUAAAAAAUUCAGCAUAUCAAAGAAUGCAAAAGUUCAUUUGCGAGUUCAUACAAAAGAAAAGCCAUAUUCCUGCAAAUUUUGCGAUCUUUCAUUUGCAUACCGAUCAAGUAUGAAAAAUCAUUUAAUUAAAAUUCACAAUCACGCAGACACUUCCAACCUUCCACUUUUACAAGCAAUAAACAUCGCAAUACGAUCAGAUUCUGAGAAUAAUGAAAUGAAUCGAUUGCAACAACAAAUAGCCGUUGAUGCAAUGAGUCUUGAUAGUCUUGGAAUGGAAGUCAUUGAACUGGAAGAUCCCAAUCGUCUUCACUGAAAUUUUGAUUUCCUUUUUAUAAAAAUAAAAUUAAGAAAACUUUUUUUUGAUAAGAAUUUACUGAAUUAUUUUUAUUACAUCCAUAAAGUGAAGGGGAAAUAAUUUUUCUGUUUCUUACAUGUAACAACAUGAUUUAGAUUUAUUGAAAGGAAACUGACACGCUUUAAAACAAAUUAUUGUGUCAAUUUUUACAUUUCUUAAAAUUGAAAGAUUUUUUCUGAUUUUAAAAUUUCUUAGAAUGUUGAAAAUAAAAUAAAUUUACGAAUCUUAUCGGAUCUUCAUCUUCAUCUGCAGCUGAUUUGUUGUUCCAUUUAGAGUGACACAAUCUUAUUGAAUGAUUUGACAUAAGCCUCGUGAAUCUUUCGAAUGAAUUCGGGAUCAGUUUCGAGCAUAUAAUUCAAUGCUUGGAGAAGUUGAUUUUGUGUUAAAGGUUCAGGACGAAUGUUGGAUUGAAUUGGCACUGGUGCUAAUGGCUUCUCUUCGACAAUAUUGUUACUGACCUGGAACAUUGCUGGAGUGAUCAAUGUUGGUUUGUUGCUAUUUGCUUGCUGCUGGAAUGCUCCUGGUUGUUGUAACUUUACCGGUUGAGGAGAAAUUGACUGCUUUUGCUGUUGUGCCACUGAGUUGAGUAAGUUAUUGAAAUCAGAUUUUAUCAAAUGCGGUUGUGUCGGCGAUGCUGAUACUCGGUGUUGUUUUUCAAUCUCAUCAAGAGUUUGCACCGGAGGAACAAUUGCAUGGUUGACGACAAUGGGCUUGUUAAUCUGAGAUUGGAUGAGAGAUCCAUCGGGUUUUACGAAUCCAUUUGGUUGUUGUGCAGCUGCAAAGAAACUAACGACAUUUGGUGAUGUGAUAUCAGGCAUGGUUGUCGAUAGUUGUUUCAUUAAUGGCUGAUGUUGUUGAGGAACAUUAUUGCUCAAUUGCAUUCCAGCAAAUGCUUGGUUUAGCUGAGGACCAACAUUCUUAUCAGGUACGGAUGUUCCUGCAUUAUUGAAAUCUUCCUGAGCCUUGCUUAGCAUUGAAAAAAUAUCAACAUCCUUAUUUUGUGCUCCGUUUCGAGCAAUUUCGAAUUGUUGUUUAUUAAAUUGUUGCUGAUGCAAUGUUGAUGAAUGGUUGUUACCAUUAUUGUCUGAAGGCUUUGCAUUGUUACAUUUCUUUAUCAAAUUCUCCAGAAGAGAAUGCACACGAACGCAAUCUUCCUUACAGUAAAACCAAAAUCCCGAUAUUGCUGAUCUUUGAUUUCGGUAGAGAAGAAAUGGAGGCUGAGACUGUAACUCAAUUUGCUUUGUAAUCGGUUCAACCAGAGAAUUUGUAUUCAGACGAUUGUUGAUAAAAAUGCUGUUUAAUGGUUCGGCGACACGCGAAUACACAAAGAAAGAGCCUUCAAUUUCUGAUUUUUCCCAUUCGGAAUUAACAAACUUAUAGAACGCAACAUGAGGACUACUGUCAAGAAUUUUUUUUGCAUAUGGGUCGGCGUUUUGAAUAGCUACUAAAUUCAUACGUAACUUUGCUGAUUCUUCACUCAUUU